UAGAACCAAAUUCUCUGACAAAUAAAAGUUGGAGAAGUUGAGUAUUUGCUUAUUAGUGCUUCUAAUUAGCAUUUGGCUGACUACCACAGGAGCUUUUGCAAAUCAGUGUGGCAGUGAAGUUGAAGAUGUUAGUGGUGCCAAUAAUGUCAUGGUGGAACAAUCAGCAAAUAAUUUGAGAGCAACAUAUUAUUUGUAUAAUCCACAGAACAUUGGGUGGGAUUAUAUAAGGGCUAGUGUUUACUGUGUAAAUUGGGAUGCUAAUACGCCAUUAACAUGGUGGAGAAAGUACGGCUGGACUACUUUCUGUGGUCUUUCUGGUCCUCGAGGUCGACCUUCUUGCGGCAGGUGCUUGCGGGUGACAAAUAUUAGGACAAGGGCUCAGGCAACUGUGAGAAUUGUGGACCAAUGCAGUAAUGGAGAGCUAGAUUUAGACGUCAAUGUUUUCCGUCGACUAGAUACUGAUGGAGAGGGAAACAGGCCAGGCCAUCUCAUUUUCAAUUACCAGUUCGUGAACUGUGGUCACGACCUCGAGGUUCCUCUGCUUUCUUUUGUUGACAAAAAAUAAACAUAAAACAGAACAUGGCAAUGCAGUGCUAGUGUUUUCUGAAGGUGAUAGUAAUGUAUCAACCUUGAUAAAGUAUGUAAGCUCUUUUGGCACACCUCAGGUGCUUCUUGAGCAGUAUAAAGCAGAAUAAAUAUGGAGCCUUUUCACGUAAAAAAAAAAAGGUUG